CACGACACUCUCACACACACCGUCCCUGCACUCCGCAUGUGGCUGCAGACCAGAGGAGGACCGCGGGGACCGGAGCGCAGCACCGGGACAAAGACCGAGAGCUACCCGGGAUGAACUGCAGGUACAAGAGGAAAUCGACAUGAGGAGGCCGCGGCUCACCACAGAGGAUCUGCCUCCUCGCGAAGCGUUGCUUCUCCCGGGCCGUCGCCGGGCGGCGGAGCGAAGAGAUGAGUCACGUAUGAGUCGCCGGUUGUGACAACGUGAGCUAAUUGGACCGAAGCAAAGGGACGUCGCUGACUUCGCCGAUUGUCAAAACAAGUUACGAUCUCCGGGCGGUGAAUAAACCAAUGACCUUAUUCAGACGCAAUGACCUCACGCUGAUAAGCAGCCGGGCCUCGUCAGCGGGUGAUGGAACGUAGUCACGAAUGGACUGUUGUCUUUGUGGCUGGCGUGUGUGUGCGAGGCUACGGGAUAUUUCUGCUCGCGCGCUGUACACGUGCGACCCGGAGGAGUGAGCGUUGAUGCCACAGGCGGCCAUGUUGCGCCGCGGCCUCCUCGCCUGGGUCUCCCGCGUCGGGGGCGCGCUGGUGCUCCUCUGCUGCUCCCUGUCGCUCCUCUACGUGAUGACCUGCAGUCCGCCGCACUCCGACGACCCCCCGCUCAGCCACGCCCUCCCUCGCGCCGGACCAAACCACCCCAGCCUGGGGGGCACGGGAGCGGGGGCGCCCGGGGCCGGGGGAGCCCGAGCCGGGGCCGCCCAAAGCGGGGGACCCCCCGCUGUUCACUCUUACCAGGCGCUCCUCCAAGAGCGCGAGGAGCAGCACCGCCUCCACAUCUCCUCGUUGAAGAAGCAGAUCGCUCAGCUGAAGGAGGCCCUGCAGGAGCGCAGCCAGCAGCUGAAAGGCGUACAGGAGAGCCUGAAGAGAGCCGCCGGGGGCCCCGCGGCGGGGCAGGAAGCCGGGGCCGGGUCCCAGGCCGGUGGUCUCGGGGACUCUCGGGGAGCCAGGGGCCAGCAGGCGGACCUCCAGGAGUUCCUGCGGAGCCAGCUGUCGAAGGCCGAGGUGAGCGCCGGAGCUCGAUUGCCCAGCGAGUACGCGGUGGUGCCCUUUGAGGGUUUCUCCCUGCAGCGGGUGUACCAACUGGAGACGGGGCUGACGCGCCACCCGGAGGAGAAGCCCGUGAGGAAGGAUAAGAGGGAGGAACUGGGGGAGGUGCUGGAGACGGCCCUGCACAGCCUCAACUCUCCGUCAUCGCAGCAAGACGGCAGGAGUGCAGCGGAAAACGGUCAAACCGGCAAAGUGUACACACCCUCUGACUUCAUAGAAGGCAUCACCCGGACCGAGAAGGACAAAGGCACGCUGUACGAGCUGACCUUCAGAGGGGAGUCGGGUAAUGAGUUCAGACGCCUCGUCCUCUUCCGGCCCUUCGGGCCGCUGAUGAAGGUGAAAAACGAGAAGGUGAACACGGCCAACGUCCCCAUCAACAUCAUCGUGCCGCUUUCCAGGCGCACGGACAAGUUCAAACAUUUCAUGCACAACUUCAGGGAAGUCUGUGUGCGCCAGGACGGCCGCGUCCAUCUGACGGUGGUGUAUUUUGGGAAGGAGCAGAUGAGUGAAGUGCGCAGCACUCUGGAGAACACAUCCUGGGAAGUUCAUUUUAAGAACUUCACUCUGCUGCAGCUGGACGAGGAGUUUUCUCGGGGUCGGGGUCUAGACGUCGGGGCCCGAGCCUGGAAGGGCGGCAACGUGCUGCUUUUUUUCUGCGACGUGGACAUCUACUUCACCGCCGACUUCCUCAACACGUGUCGACUCAACACGCAGCCCGGUAAAAAGGUCUUCUACCCGGUGUUAUUCAGCCAGUACAACCCCACCCUGAUCUACGGAAGUCAAGAACACGUCCCGCCUGUGGAACAACAGCUGGUGAUCAAGAAAGACACGGGGUUCUGGAGGGAUUUCGGUUUCGGCAUGACCUGCCAAUACAGGUCCGACUUCAUCAACAUAGGAGGUUUUGACAUCGACAUCAAAGGCUGGGGAGGCGAAGAUGUCCACCUGUACAGGAAGUACCUCCACAGCAACCUCCUGGUGGUCCGAGCGCCGUCGCGAGGCCUCUUCCACCUGUGGCACGAGAAGCACUGCGCCGACGAGCUGCCGCCGGACCAGUACCGCAUGUGCAUGCAGUCCAAGGCCAUGAACGAGGCCUCGCACGGCCAGCUGGGGAUGCUCCUCUUCAGGCACGAGAUCGAAGCUCACCUCCGCAAGCAGAAGCAGCAGCAAAACCCCAACGCCAAGAAGUCGUGAGGAGUUCAAGGCGGUGGGAUUAUGAUCACCGCAGCAGGGGGGAAACGGCUCGGAUGAGUCCGACUGAACUCAACGCCGUCAGAUUUUAAUAGAACAGAUGAAACGUUUUGAAAAUACGCUUUUUACUUUGCUGUUCAGAGAUGAUCCAAGUGUCUCCUACAUACACACACAAGUGGUAUUGACCUUUGACACAAGGGAGCAUACAAGCCCAAAAUACAAACUAUUCCUUAAAAGAAAAUGAUGAAGACUUUUUCUUUUUUGGUGGGACACCUUUUUGCUCUGGAGAGGGCAACAUUGCAAUUAAGAUUAUUUACACUGACAUGAGGAAUUUCGACUGGAUUUGACCAUUUUACAAAAGGCCUCGUGUCUGAAGCGUCAGUUUGAGUUCCAUUUGUAUUUUCCUCACUUCGCUGCUGAAAGGACGGCGCAGAGGUUUGAGCUAUAAAGUGUCUGAGCCGCGUGUGAAUUAAACCUGAACUCUGCGCAGGCAGACCAGUGGAAAAGGAACACGCGUGUUUUGUAUGUGUAGGGAAACGGAGCCACCCAGUGGACUGAGAGGGAAGCAAUGAAGGACUCGCUUAAAGCCUGGAAUGGCCAAAAUAUAUUCCUUUUUUAUAAAUUAUUCAUUCCUUUAUUUAUGUUUGUUAUUUUCUAGUUUAUUAUUUCUGAUGCAGUUCACGGACAGUAUUAUGGGUAACCAUUCGCCUCUGUAUUGAUAUAAGAGUUCUCAAUAUGAGACGUAUGGAAUUAUUGCCAAGAAAUAACUAAAGAAAAAACAAAUUUGUGUUUUUGUGUCGCUAAUUGUUGACACAUAAUGAUGAUUAGAAUUGCUGACGAUGACUUAAUAAGUCAGAUUGAGACGCCAUUAUCUUAAUAUUGUAUCUGUCAAUUAAAUGACGUGGAUUACUGAGCGGUCACACAUGCUGGAGGUGUUGUAGAUUUAGAGAAAGAUCUGUAUUGUUUACUUAAUCUUUAUUUAAUAGUCUCCCAUAAAUCUGGCUCCUGCACUUCAAUGAAAAUGAGCUGUACAUUUGGUGGGUGACCAAAGAUGUGAAAGGAGGCACUUUAUAUAUCAUGUUAACGUUCAUUGUUAAAGUACAUGAAUGAAUACCAUUGAAAUGUAACUUUCAAGUCGAUUUUUUUAAAUGUUAUGUAAAUAAGUUGAAUAAAACAUAUUUCUGCAUUGAGCAUGCUU